UAGCUUAACUUCGAAUAAGUUUUCAUUUCAUUUUGUUUUUAAAUAUUUCUUGAUCAAUCACACAUAAUGAAUGAUUUGAAAUUGUUCAUUUUUAACAUUGUUUUUCUGGUCAAUAUUCUACUAUUGACAUCUAAAUUAGCUUUUGCUGAAGAUUUGGAUGAUAAUUAUGUUCAGGUUACAACUGGUCUUGGUAAAAUUCUUGGUAAACGAUUGAAAAUUGAACAAUUGAACAGUCAAGUUGAUCAAUUUUUGGGUAUUCCAUAUGCACAACCACCGAUCAAUGAAAAUCGAUUUCAUCGACCUAAACCAAUCAUUGACAAUUAUGAACAACAACCAUUUAUGGCAAUUGAUUGGCCACCAAAUUGCCGUCAAAUUAAUGUACCAAAAUUUAAUGAAUAUUCUACCUAUUCAAAUCAAACAUUUCAAGAAGAUUGUCUUUAUCUAAAUAUUUGGUCACCGGUUGAUAUUGUACAUGAUCAAUGUGAUCGAAUAAAUUGUAAUAACAAUAAUCAACAAAAAUUACGACCAGUAUUCGUAUAUAUUCAUGGUGGAUGUUUUCUUUAUGGUGGUUCUAGUCUACCAAUUUAUGAUGGUAAAAUUUUUGCUGCAAUGACCGAUGCUUUGAUUGUUACGCUUAAUUUUCGUCUAUCUACAUUUGGUCUUUUGUAUGCGGAUAAAAUGGAAGAAGUUAAAGGUAAUAUGGUUUUAUGGGAUCAAAUAAUGGCAUUACAAUGGAUACAAGAUAAUAUUCGUUCAUUUGGUGGUGAUCCGGAUCAGAUAACAUUGGCAGGUAAUAGUGCUGGUGGAUGGUCGGUCACUGCACACAUUCUAUCGCCUUUAUCUCGAAAUCUAUUUAAAUAUGCUGUUGUUAUGUCUGGAAGCGUACAACGACAAAUAAUGACAGCAGAAAAAGCAAAAAAAUUCUGGCUUGAUAAUAUUCGUCAUACAGAUUGUGCAAAUGAUCAGGAUGAAAAUAUUGAUUCCAAGAUGAUUGAAUGUCUAAUGAAAAUGUCACCCGAAAAAUUGGAAAUGAUUCCUUAUUAUACAGGGAACGGUUGUGAAUCUUAUUUGGUAGUCGAUGGUGAAGUGAUUCCCGAACAUCCGACCGAAAUGCUAAAAAAAGGCAAUUUUAAAAAAGAUUUCAAUGUAAUUAUAUCGACUGUUGAAGAGGAAACGUCUGGCUUGCUUAGUUUUCUUGCUGGUCAUUUAAUGGGACAAAAAAUUGGCGAAAAAUUUGCCCAUGAAAAUGCUGAUUCAUUAUCUAUUGAUGAUGCAAUCAAAGUAAUUGAAAAAAUGAGCGGACAAUAUUUAUCCAAACGUCCAGAAUCUAAAGAUAUUUCUACAUUAUAUUUUAAUGGUAUACGUAAUGAUGAAGAUGAAAAUGUGUUUCGAAAAAUUGCAGGAAAAGCUUUCGGUGAUGUUUGGCUUGCUUGUCCAACCAUUGAAUUUGGUCAAGAAUUGAAACUACAUUCCAAUACUAGUGAUAAUAUUCAAAUAUAUCAACUGUAUAGUACGUUUAAAUUAAAUGCAAAACCAUUCUGUCCUAAAUGGGCUGGAACAUGUCAUAUGGAUGAUCUUUUUCCAAUGUUUGGUUUUCCUAUACAAUAUCCAGAUUAUCAUAAACAACGUGAAAUUGAUAUAUCAAAAGAAUUAUUAUCAUUAUUACAUUCAUUUUUACGUUAUGGUCGACCAGAACAACCGGAAUGGCAACCAUAUACAAUGAUUGAUGAUGAUGAUGAUGAUGAUAAGCAAUUAGUUUCACCAUCAUAUGAAUUGGCAAAUGAUUAUCAAACAUAUCGUAAUUAUCAUUUAAAUUAUCAUGAUGUUCAAUGUAGAUUCUGGAAACGAUAUUAUUAAAUUUAAUGUUUUUUUUGAAAAAAAUAUUGGAGAAAAUUGUUUUGUUUUAAGUUUUUGAAAAUAAAAUUGAAUAUCUAAGAUUUA